AUGCAGUCAAAGAAUGACAAUGCAAGCUCCGAUAUUGCAACUAAAUAUAAGAGCCUAGCCCGUGGCCCUACCGUCCUCGAGCUCAUUACCAAAUUCGAGCAAGAGGAAUUCAUCAAAAGGAAUCUGAAGUCCGAGUCUCUGUCAAACAAUCUGAGCAAGCCUUUGCUUGAUGAUCACUUUGCAGAGGGAGCAGCUGAAGGAGUCUGCUCGGCUGCGGUGAUGCAUUGGCUUGCCACCGGCACCGUCCCGGCUCCCACCGAGAACAUGGCUACGAAGCUAUCUCGAGUCCAAGGCUCCUUUGACCUCGAUAAUGAACCUCAAUACUUGACUUGGCACAGUAACCUAUCAGCAUUCUUUGAGAAUCUCAAGAAAGCUAAAGACAGUGAGAACUUGAAUCUCAACGACAACCAAAUCUUCAUCAACUAUUUGCUUGACAACUCGGGUAAGAUCAACACAGGGUUCAAGCUUUUCCUCAUCCUUUCUUUCCAGAAUGGCACUAAACAAUGUGCCCACGCGGUUGGCUGGAAUCUGGGGACCAAAAGCUUCUUCGAUCCCAAUUACGGCGUUUGGAAGGUCAAAACUCCUGAUCCCAAGAAUAGCAUUUGGAAGAUCAUACCUUCUGGCAAUGACUCCGAUCCGGCCACAGUCAUCGCCUCUUCGAUUAUUGGCUUGGAUGAGAUUCGCAAGAAAUACGGAGACCCAGUCUCUGUCCAGGCUAUCACUUUCUAA